UUGUUUUCGUGCCAGAGAUGAAUAUUAUUUAAAAAAAUGGAUUCAUCAAAUGUUGCUUAUAAAGAGGCAUUUUCAUUGUUUGACAAGUAUGGGAAAGGUACUGUUUCGAAAGAAUGUAUUGGGGAUCUCUUAAGGGCAGUUGGUCAGAACCCCACGUUAUCAGAAGUUUCAGAGAUUGAAGAGUCUAUUUUGGAUGAAGUUACUUUUGAUACCUUUCUUCGUAUUUUGAAUAGGCCAAACGGAUUUCGCCCAGUAAGCGACCACGCUGAUUUUAUUCGUGGAUUUCAAGUAUUUGAUAAAGAUUCUACGGGAUUUAUAGGUGUUGGGGAGCUUAAAUAUAUAUUGACGAAUCUUGGUGAGAAGUUGUCGGAUGAUGAAGUCAAUGAGUUGUUAAAGGAUGUUAAUACUAAGGAUGGUGUUGUAAAUUAUGGAGAAUUCGUUAGAAUGAUUUUGUCCAAUUAAUAUUGAUUUGUGAUUAAACAUUAAUGUUUUUUUUUGGGAAUAUAUAUUUCUCUAAGAAAUGUAUAUAGAUUCUUUCGUUGAAUAGUUUCUGUUGGAUUCUAUGUUAUAAUGUCUAUUCAUGAUUUCUAUUUGAAAUAUUAUAAUUCUUGAUUUAAAUUAAAAAUUGCUAUAGCUAUAUUGAUUGCCUUUUGACUAAUAAAUUUCUUCAAUAGGAAUGUAUGAAUCUCCGACUAGGAAGUCUGAUGCCUUUUCAAGAAUAAUUACAUAUAAUAUUUGGAGAUUUGCGAUACAAAAAGCAGAAAUACUAGAGCCUAUCUCAAGCCAGCUUCCUUCAUUUUUGACAAGAUAGAAAAAAUUUAAUGUUAAAAUAUCUGAUAUACUUAAGACUAUCAUAAAUAAUGUUGAUGGAGGGAUUCCUAAUUUCUGGUUAAGAAUUCCUAAGUUAGCUGAUAUAAUUAUAAAAGGAAUUAAGAGUUUAAAUAGUAAAAGUGCUGCUUGAGAAAACGGAUUAAAUAUAGGGAUUAACCUAUAAAUUGAAUCUAAUGUAAAAGACGAUAUAGAUGCAAUGUUUCCUGUUCCAAAAAAUGCCUCUUGUAUAAAAAAAAGAUAAAAUAAUGCUGUUCUUAGAUUUUCGUGAAACAGAAGUUCUUGAUUCUUUUCCAAUCCCCUAUUUCUGUCGCGAGGUGCGAUUUUCAGUCUAAUUUUAUACUCAAUCUGAACCCAUAAUGCCAAAGUGCUAAAAAAACACACAUAGAAAAUAUUUUCAUAUGAAACAGAGAGAAUAACAAAAGAAGUUCUUUUUCUUCAUUAGCGUUAUAAAUGGAAUUAUUAAAGAAAAGACUUUAGUUAAUAAGAUAUUAAAUAAAAUUUAUGUGGGAUUUUUAUACCUAAAACUAGCCAUCCGACCACCUGAUUUCCAAAUGGUAGGCCUUUUUUAGCUUGUAAUGAUAGUACGCUUAAAUGUGUUACUACUAUUGAAAGAAUAAGCAAGCCUAGCUAUAAAAUGGCAUUAACAUAAUUUGAUAUAUAUAUGUAUAUAUAUAUACCUGAAGACUGAUGAUAGUUUGAGGCAUUUUAACCAUAGUUUUAUAUUUUUUUAAUAAUAAGUCUCC